GGUGUAAUACAUUCUGAACGCGCCAGAGGAGGCUACUGCUUAACUACACAAAUAAUGUAUUGUUUCGAAAAGCUGUUGUACGGAUAUACGUUGAGCUUUUGUCGGACGGAAGUUACUUAUUGAUUUAAUACGUGUUGCAACUGGCAAAUAUGGACGUUAAGAUACGUGUCGCUACCAAAGGAGACUGCAAAGACAUAUCAAGAUUGAUAAUGGACUUGGCAGUUCAUGACAAGAUGUCGGAUCAGGUGAAGCUGUCAUGCGAUGAACUGCAACGUGAUGGUUUCAGCCAGAACCCCUUGUUUGAGUGUCUUGUUGCAGAGAUAGCAGAUGAAAAUAAAUCUAAAGAAGGAUUCACAAUUAUUGGUUAUGCCCUUUACUUUUACAUCUACUGCACAUGGAAGGGGCGGUCCAUGUAUUUGGAGGAUUUAUAUGUGAUGCCGGAAUUCAGAGACUGGAAUAUUUUCUGCCUCAUGAGUUUGUUGAUGUCUUCAUCAGGAUUUGGCAUUGGAAAAAGUUUACUGAGCAAUAUUGCUCAGGUGGCCAAAGAGAAGCAGUGUGCGCGGUUGCACUUGAUCGUGUUGAAUUGGAACUCUCACUCUCUCGAUUUUUAUACUGCAAGAGGAGCUCAGGAUCUCACUGUCAAGGAAGGCUGGCACUUGGUACAUUUUGAUGGACAAAGCUUGGACCAUCUGGCAAAUGAAACUCAACAAAUUAGAAAGUGUGUUUCAGGAGAAGACAAAGUUGUGUAAAUAUUUGGUUUUGGCUACACGCGCAUACAAUUGUUGUCAUGCUACAAAGUAAACAAACGAGUUUUAGAAGAUUCUCCACUACACACACAGAAGGAUAACAUGGUGGCAAUUUUUUGUGGGCUCACCUCUGGCAUUUCAAAAUUGUCAUUAUAGAUGUAUAUUAAUGUACUAAACAAAUAUGAACACCCUGAAAACUAGUGUGCAAUACACACUUG